AUGUCGUCAUUCCCACACCCUCAUCGCCUUGCUCUCUUCUCCCUCCGGCCUCUGAACGAACGAGCCAAGAAUGUCGCCAGCCAUCCUGGGAACAAACACCUAACGUCGAAGUUGAACGAUGGUACAAUUGUCCUUGAUAUUGGCUUCCAUAUUCGGUCACGGUCCCGUCACACAAUUGCAACACUAGGACGUGGUGGAGAUGCGGACCUCUUUAUCGAGGGCUUCAACAUUUCCAAGAUCCAGUGCUCUUUUGAAAUCGAGCCGAACACCAAUGUCAUCAUGCUCUACGACAGGUCUCAUGGCCAGACAACUCAAGUUUUUGGUCACAAUGCUACGCCAUUUGAGCAUGGGCGCGUUCGUCAGGUAGUCGUUCAGAAGAAUCUGAACGAUGUUCUGGGGAUGGGCGGCAAAAUGCAAGAUGUCUUUAGAUUCCAGUUGCUUUGGCAUGAAAAUACUUGUCUAACGACGGAGAGAAUAAAAGAACUAGAGUCCAUCCUAGAUGACCAUGUGGAAAACCCGCGCCUGGCUCGGACAGUUGAUGAUUUGGAAACGGUUUUACCGUCUCAGAUGCAGACCAGAAUCCACACCGCCGGCCCUCUACAGCUGAAGAUGCGAUACACGAAGAUUGACCGACUAGGAUCUGGACAGUUCGGAGUUGUAUAUAAGGCUAUCGAUGUCGACACGGGUAAGCUUCUUGCUGUUAAGAUACUUCAACAGCCCGAGCAAGCUUUGGAUGAGGAGUGGAGAAAGUCAUUGUAUUAUGCAUUGAAGCGCGAGGUCGAGGCAUUGUCCCAAAUUAGCCACCCACAUGUCGUCGAUUUUAUCACCUCGCAAGGCUGGGACGGACCGGCGGCGGAGAUAUUCAUGGGUCUCAAGGACGGUGCACUUAGCUCCUUGGUUCUCAAGGGUGACUUUAUGUCCGUACACGACCUCGCCAAAUGCGUCUGCCACCAGAUGCUUCAGGCGCUAGAUUGUCUAGCCGUCAAUGGAGUUGUUCACCGAGAUGUGAAACCCGAAAACAUUCUUUACACUGCACUACCGAAUGCGCAAUAUCGAUUCUAUCUUGGUGAUUUCGGUCUAUGCAACCGCACUGUUAGUGCUCAUAGCUCUGUUGGGACCCCAUUAUACACGGCUCCCGAGGUCUGUCAAAGUGGAGCCCAGACACACAAAAUGGAUGUCUGGUCCCUUUUUGUAACAAUCGCAUGGAUACUAGACUUCGAUGGAUUUCGCCAGAACUUACAGCAUAUAUCCCUUUGGCAGGCCCAACAAGCUCUCCUAGCCAUAACAUCAAAGAUUGGAGAUAUUCAAGAGAUGGCGAGAGUCGAUCCGGGCGAGCGUGCCUCCGCGGCACAGAUGCUGGUCAAGCGCUUUGGUGGAGAAGGCCUUUCAACUCAACUCAAUCAAAUUCCACCACUCAGUCCAACAAAACCGGUACCCAAACCUGAGGCUGAGUUAAAUGUCAAAAAAUAUGGACCAGCCCACAGUUCACGAAAGGUUCCAAAACAACCCACAAAUCUGACCCGCGCCCGUCAGCCUAGUAAUCCGCAGGCUCGAGUAUUGAGGCCAAGAACCAUAGAUCGCCUUUUGACGAAGAAGCAUGAGCUUCUCUCCCAUGUUGUUGAAUCCCCUGGGUUUCGUGUGCGGCGGCCAUAUAAACAUUAG